AUGUACAGAAGAAGAAAAGUGAUCAAGGAAAAGAAGCCAGUUAUUCCUGAUACAAUUGAAGAAUUUGGUUAUCGUCUCAAAAGUAACGGAGAGAUCAGAAGCAUUUCUUUAGAACUAAUUGGCAAUGAAGUCGAAAAAAAGUUACAAGAAGAGCCCCUCAAUUUUCAAAAAAUCUAUAUACCGGUUGGAGUUGACCCUGAAAAAGAGCCACACUCUUACAUCUAUAUGACACCCCAUGCUAUGUCCACUCCGGAUAAAGUAGUUGUAUUGAUUGCUGGUAAUAACACAAGAAUUGGUCAAUGGAGCAGAAGAAUAAUGUGCGAUGAAAAUAUCAACAGUGGCUCCAUGAUACGGAUGUCGCAGGAUUUUGUCGCGAAAGGAUAUGAAGUCAUUAUUUUGAACCCAAAUGCUAAUUUUUGGGUAGAGGGACGUGCCCAGGAAAAUCUUCCUGUUCACACCAAACAAAUUAUUACUAUUCCAGGUAGUGAUUUGGCGGAAAAGCACACCCCAUAUGUAUUUCAUCACUUUAUAAGAAAUGUGAAGGCUGAAAAAGUGGCUGUGAUUGCUCAAGGCUGGGGCGGUCAUGGCUUUGCUUGCGCUCUGAAUAAUGAAGUUGACUUUAUUAAAUCACAUGUCAAAGGGGUAGCUUUUAUUGAUUCAGCUCAUUCGAAAGGGAUGAUUGAAGAAGGAGAGGGCAGGAGAAACUUUUUAUUUGAAAGAUGUGUGAAUUGGUCAAGUGAUCCUUCAACUCCCAAGGGCCAGCCUAUCAAUGAUGUACGUUGGUCUUGUCAAGGCAUUUCGUCAGAACAAGAAGUUAGUGAUUUUACCUUGCCUACAAUGUACGACGAUAUUAUGAAAUUUAUCUUUAUCAAGAUGGGCGACAUUGAGCCUCCUCCUUCAGACGAUGAAAAUGAUGAAGAUGAUAUUCAAGACUUAACGGCAGAAGAAGCCCAAGCUAUUGAAGGCAUUACAAUAGAUGCUGAAUAA